AACACUGAUGCAUCGUUCAUAUCAUGUUUGUUCAUGUAACACUGUUAUUAGUUUGACGUCAUUAUAAUUGUUUUAAAUGUUAUUAAGUGUCUCGGAGAACAUUUAAAAGUAGCAUUCUUAUGUUCACUAAAUAAUAUGUUGAAUAUUUCCUUUUUUUGAGCAGUGGAUGUUUAAAGAACACUAACACUAUAUAAUAAUAUUUUUAUAACAUAAUGUGAGCGUAAACAAAAGGUCUUAUAAUGUAUUUUAUUAGCACAAUUAUAUUCAAACUAAUGCUGAGAAACCCUUUUAAUAUUACACUGAAGAUCUCUCCUCAAGACGCCAUUUAUCUUAUUAUUCUGUAUGUAUUGUUUAAUACGGCGGCAGAAGCAAACACUGCGACAAAGUUUUUACAUUUAAAGACUAAAAAGUAGAAACCCAACCAAUUCAAGAGAUUUGUUCAAGUGUGUAGGUUUGAUUUUGUCUUUGAUGGAGAUUCAACAGCAGAGUCUCUUAUACAUUUUACAAUUCAACAUCAGUAUGCUGCAAAACUCUUUAAAACAGGUGUUAACCUGAAGGAAUAUUCUGCAUUACAUUUUUAUUUUCCAUCUCAAUUUAAAAUCAUGCGGGUUGCAGCUUGACAAUGUCCUGGCAGAAAAUGUUAUAUAUUUUAACUGACCAGCAGCUGUACAAACUACAAGGAGUUAUCAUUUACAUUUACAUUUACAUUUAGUCAUUUUGCAGACGCUUUUAUCCAAAGCGACUUACAAUUGAGAGUUUAUCACAAAUAAACAAGUAUUAAUUGAAGAGGGAAAUGCCUUCAGUCAUUCGAGUUACAGUUACAUAAUCGCUAAAUUUGUUGCUAGGGGGCAUGUUGAAGAAAAAGUUGCUAAGCUCGGUCUAAAGAGUUGCUAAAGCUAGAAACAAAGUCGCUAAGCCUGAAACACCGCGUCGUCGGUGCGCGAGCGCGUGCGCGUGCGCGCCCCCACUCAUCAGCGCACGCGAGCGCGCGCGCGCUCUCAGUGUAAGGAUGCUGCCGCUGAGGUCAGACGCGGGUCCGAGGCUCGGCCGUCCGGUGAUCUGGAGACCCUGGGACCUUCCUCCCGCGGAGACGAGACUCAAAGUGCUUUCAGGAGCUUCGAGGCGGGUUCAGAAGUCUGAAGAUGUUUUCCAUCAUCCUGUGAGGCUGUUUCUGCCCAGAUCCAGGAUGCUGGAGUAUCUGUCUCAUCUGGGCCGGACGGUUCUGGACAGUUUCCCCGUCCAGGCCACGCUGCACUUCUACAACGAUGAAGACUCCAGCUCUGAGGAGGAGGAUGAAGCUCGGUAACCUCUUCAGACUAUAACAUGAACUGAGAGCCACGCGCCGCCGCCAGGACACGUGUUUGAGGAAGCUCUGAGACGGGUCACGACAUCAAACACACCUUUGAUCUGAGGAUGACCUUUCACCUGGGAGCGGCCUUAAAGAGACAGUUCCUCAACGGUUUCUUCUGUGCAAGAUAAUCUGAAGACUGUAACCCAACAGGUGACGGUACCCAUUCACUUCCUUUACAUUUAGUCCUUUAGCGGGUGUUUUUAUCUAAAGCAACACAACUGAGCAAAAUAGAAGUGAAGUACAGGCCUGGUUUCACAGACAAGGCUUAGACUAAGCCAGGAUUAGGCCACAGAUGAAUAAAAACAUUUAAAUAAUUUUUCGAGAGCACUGACAUUUUUUAAGAUCAAUCAGUGCAAGUUUAUUUCACUUGAAACAGCUCAGACUUACCUUUUAGUCGAGAACUAAAACGAGCCUCGUCUGUAAAAUCAGGGGAUAGUGUGUGUUUUUAAUUAUAUAAUAAGUAAAAUAAUAAAAUUGUGUUAAAUGCCUUUUUUUGUUUUUUGUUAAUAAAGAGAAAACAGGUUGAAUGUGAAGCUAGUGUUUGUUUUUAAACAAGCACUUAUAAAACAGAGUGCAAGCCUAAGUGUUUUUUUUAUUUUUAUUUUGUUAACUUCCAUAUUAUUUUAAUGGGGAGUAAUCGCUGUUCGGUCAUCAGUUUUUAUCAACAUUUCUUUCUGUACGAGCAAGAAACCCACGCAAGUCAAGAUCAGCUUGAGCGAGAAUGAUUGAUGAUUUUUAUUUUUGAGUGAACCGUUCCUUCAAGUGUUUCAGUUGAACGUAUGAUGUACAAAUAAAAACAAUAUUGCUCAAAA